UCUUAUUGGUCUCCAAGGGUUGCUUUUUGGCUAAAACGUAAGCUUAUUCAGAUAUUAGUAAGGAACCUUGUAGUUCGAUGUACCUAUAUCUUCUGGAAUCACAUACAAUGUGUAUUAUUAUCUGAAGAAGGACAGAAUUCUUCAAACGUUGUCUAGGAUUUUGGCUUGAUAUUAUAGUUUGAUGUAAUUGUUGUAUGUUUGGUUUUAUGUAUCAGUAACUGUAUAUAUCUAUGUCUUAUGCUAUAUUCUUACUCUUCAUCGGUUAUCCGUAAUGUAAUUUAGGAUCUUGGUUUUUCAGGUAUUUUGUAGUUAAAAGUUGCAAUCGAGAAAAUUUUGAAUUAUCUGUGCAACAAGGAGUAUGGGCUACACAAAGGAGCAAUGAAGCUAAACUUAAUGAAGCUUUUGACUCUGUGGAAAAUGUGAUCUUGAUAUUUUCUGUCAACCGGACCCGGCAUUUCCAGGGCUGUGCUAAGAUGACAUCAAGAAUUGGUGGUUACAUUGGUGGAGGAAAUUGGAAACAUGAACAUGGAACUGCACAGUAUGGCAGGAACUUUUCAGUUAAAUGGUUAAAGUUGUGCGAACUAUCCUUCCACAAAACUCGGAAUUUGAAGAAUCCUUACAAUGAAAACUUACCUGUGAAGAUAAGCAGAGACUGCCAGGAGUUAGAGCCUUCCGUUGGAGAACAGCUGGCUUCUUUGCUUUAUCUUGAACCAGAUAGCGAGCUUAUGGCAAUCUCCAUAGCUGCAGAAGCCAAACGAGAAGAGGAGAAAGCAAAGGGUGUGAAUCCAGAGAGCAGAGCGGUGAAUCCAGACAUUGUGCCGUUUGAAGAUAACGAAGAAGAGGAAGAGGAAGAAGAUGAAAGUGAGGAGGAAGAAGAGAGCAUGGCUGGCGGUCCUCAAGGCAGAGGAAGAGGAAGAGGAAUGAUGUGGCCUCCUCAAAUGCCUCUAGGACGCGGAAUCAGACCUAUGCCCGGAAUGGGAGGUUUCCCUCUCGGGGUAAUGGGCCCUGCCGAUGCAUUUCCCUAUGGGCCUGGUGGCUAUAACGGUAUGCCAGAUCCGUUUGGUAUGGGUCCAAGACCCUUUGGAUCGUAUGGACCGAGGUUUGGUGGUGAUUUUAGAGGACCAGUCCCCGGAAUGAUGUUUCCUGGUAGGCCACCGCAACAGUUUCCACAUGGCGGUUAUGGUAUGAUGGGAGGCGCAGGACGUGGCCCGCAUAUGGGAGGAAUGGGAAACGCUCCUCGAGGAGGCCGACCGAUGUAUUAUCCACCAGCAACAUCAUCAGCACGUCCUGGCCCAACCAACCGGAAAACACCUGAGAGAAGCGAGGAGAGAGGAGUGGGGACGGAUCAACAAAAUCAGGAUGCAUCACAUGACAUGGAGCAGUUUGAGGUUGGAAACAGUUUAAGAAACGAAGAGAGUGAAAGUGAAGAAGAAGACGAAGCUCCAAGACGAUCAAGACAUGGAGAAGGAAAGAAGCGUCGGUGAGAGCGACUUACACAAGCUAUAUAAUUCACCUUUCUCUCUCCCCUCUAUUUUUCAUUCAAACAUAUUAGUAUUAAACUAGUGGCAUAUUGUUCGUAUUUUAAAGAUAUUUUGUACUAUCAGACGACAAGAGUUGGGUAAUACAACUCUCACGCAUCUUUAGUAUUACUCUUUAAGGUUUAUAUGCCA